GAGAAUUUUGGAAACUUUCCAUCAUGCCUUUCACACCUGACCGGGAAAAAUAUUGGCUCUACACUCGAUUCGUCACGUGCAGUUUGCAAAUAGAAAUAGAACUUUGAGCACAAAUACUUCUGUUAAGUUGUGUUUGUUGACAAAAAUGCCGAUGAGAACAAUCUUCUUCCGCAAGCCUAAUCUCAGCCCACAACAACUCUUCCUGCUAGCGGUUGCUAUCGUCCUUUUUGUUGGAUAUAGACUCCUUGAAAAGAAGAGCCUGAGGGCUGAUUCUCUGGUUCACGCUGAACAUCACCAAGUUACAUCCAAAGUUAUAGUUACUAGCGAAACCAAAUCUCAACUUUCAGAACCAAGCUUAACUUAUGGAGAGAAGGAUUUUUUUCUUCAAGGAAAACCUCUUCGAAUUCUGAGUGGAGCAGUACAUUACUUUAGAGUCGUUCCACAGUAUUGGAAGGACAGAUUGGUGAAACUUAAGGCCAUGGGGCUGAAUACGGUGGAGACUUAUGUUCCAUGGAAUGCACAUGAAGAAGUGAAGGGUCAUUUUAAGUUUGAUGGGAACUUGGACAUCAGUGCAUUUAUCAAGCUGGCAAAGAAGUUGGGUUUGUAUGUUAUCUUGAGACCAGGACCUUACAUUUGUUCUGAGUGGGACUUUGGGGGAUUACCAAGCUGGCUGUUGAGUGAUCCUCACAUGGAACCAAGAUCAAUGUAUCCUCCAUUCAUUGAAGCUGUUGAUCAGUUUUACAAAAGGUUUCUGCCAAUUUUGGUUCCUCUGCAGUUUUCUAAGGGUGGUCCUAUUAUAGCUUUCCAAUUGGAGAAUGAAUAUGGAAGCUAUACUUCUGCUGAUGUGGACUACAUGCAACACCUAAAAAUGAUUAUGAUCAAUGGAGGAAUAACAGAGUUACUUUUCACAUCUGAUAACCAUUCUGGACUGAAGAAAGAGUUCCUUACCUUACAAAAUGUUCUGAAAACAAUCAAUGUAGAUGUUCAACCUAAUGUGAAACAAGAACUAUCAUAUUUACAAGAAAUACAGCCAGACAAACCUGUUUUGAUAAUGGAAUACUGGGUAGGCUGGUUUGAUCUAUGGGGAAACGAUAAACACCAUGAUGGCAAGAGUGCUGGAAGUGUAGCAAGAGUCUUGGGAGAAAUUCUGGAGUUUGGAGCCUCCUUCAACCUCUACAUGUUUCAUGGAGGAACAAAUUUUGGCUUCAUGAAUGGUGCAAAUGGCCUUAGACCAACCACCACUUCAUAUGAUUAUGAUGCACCUUUAUCAGAAGCUGGAGAUAUGACACCAAAAUACCGCUCCAUUAAAGAUGCCAUAAAACAGCAUGCACCAGAACACUCUCUUCCCAAGAAUCUUCCUCAAGUUUCAGAGAACUCUUCAAGAAAGGAUUAUGGUAAAGUCUCCUUACAGCAGUUUAUGUCCCUAACCCACCUGCUUUCAUAUCAGACCCCUAUAGAAAGUGGUCAUGUAAUGCCAAUGGAACAACUGCCAAUCAACAAUAAUGGCGGACAAGGGUAUGGUUUCAUACUUUACCAGACAGAGUUACCUCACUAUCCAAAAGAGAUUGUAAUGGAACAAGUUUUGGACAGAGCCCAGAUCCUUUUAGAUUCUAUUCUGAUUCAAACAUAUGACGCAAGUACAAGAUACGAAAGUCCUGUGGUGAUUAAAGUGAGUCAGAAUCAUGCGCAGUCACAACGCUCAGCCGAGCCAACCAAGCACAAGCUGGAGAUCUUGGUAGAAAACAUGGGACGAACAAAUUUUGUUUGGGACAUGAAGAGGAUGCGGAAAGGUAUUACUGGGAAAGUGACUGUCGAUGGUCUAAGUCCUACCAAAUGGCGAAUUUACCCACUUCAAUUCAAGCCGCAAGAUCUGGCAAGCAUUAAAGAGAAAGGAAAAUGGGAUAAAGUACCGGUAAAAGGACCAAUCGGUCCAUUCCUGUACAACGGAACUUUUAAGGUCAGUGGAGGACCUAGAGACACUUUCUUGGACAUAACAAAUUGGAACAAAGGAGUGUGUUUCAUUAAUGGACAUAACCUGGGGAGGUACUGGGAAAGGGGACCUCAGCGAACUUUGUAUGUUCCAGCACCAUGGUUACGGACAGGAGACAAUGAACUCAUCAUAUUGGAGCUUCACAGUUAUAUGACAGCAGCUGAAGUUUCAUUCAGAACAUCUCCGUUUUACCGAGGAUAAAAAUCUCCUGAGGAAUGCUUGAGCACAGUAUUUGAGCUGCUUUGAAUUUGACUCGACUC